CACUACAAACAAGUCAUGCAAAGUGAGGAUAGCCUCAGUACUGGAGGAAGUCUGGAAGGGAAAAGAGAACAGAAAAGCUACAAAGCUCUCCUAGAGGAUCCGAUGCUGAAGUUCUCGGGACUCUACCAAGAGACUUGCUCUGACUUGUAUGUAACUUGUCAGGUGUUCGCAGAGGGGAAGCCUCUUGCUCUUCCAGUUAGAACUUCCUACAAGGCUUUUAGCACUAGAUGGAACUGGAAUGAGUGGCUGAAACUGCCUGUGAAGUAUCCAGACCUGCCUCGAAAUGCUCAGGUGGCUCUGACCAUCUGGGAUGUGUAUGGACCUGGUAAAGCUGUUCCUGUGGGAGGAACAACGGUCUCGCUCUUUGGAAAAUAUGGUAUGUUUCGACAAGGAAUGCAUGACUUGAAAGUUUGGCCCAAUGUAGAAGCUGAUGGCUCCGAGCCCACCAAAACUCCUGGGAGAACCAGCAGUACAGUCUCUGAAGAUCAAAUGAGCCGCUUGGCAAAGCUCACCAAAUCUCAUCGGCAAGGUCACAUGGUGAAAGUGGAUUGGCUGGACAGACUCACCUUUAGAGAAAUAGAAAUGAUCAAUGAGAGGGAAAAACGAAGCUCCAAUUUUAUGUACCUGAUGAUUGAAUUCCGUUGUGUCAAGUGUGAUGAUAAAGAAUAUGGAAUAGUUUACUACGAAAAGGAUGGUGAUGAGUCAUCUCCAAUUUUAACAAGUCCUGAAAUUGUUAAGAUUCCAGAUCCCCAGAUGUCUAUGGAGAACUUAGUAGAAAGCAAGCAUCACAAACUUGCUCGAAGUUUAAGAAGUGGACCGUCUGAUCAUGACCUGAAGCCUAACGCAACUACACGAGACCAGCUUAAUAUCAUAGUGAGUUAUCCACCAACAAAGCAACUAACAUAUGAGGAGCAGGAUUUGGUGUGGAAAUUCAGAUAUUACCUUACUCAUCAGGAGAAGGCCUUGACAAAGUUCCUGAAGUGUGUCAACUGGGAUCUACCACAAGAGGCAAAGCAAGCACUGGAGCUUCUGGGCAAAUGGAAGCCCAUGGAUGUGGAAGACUCUCUGGAGCUUCUGUCAUCUCACUUCACCAACCCUACAGUGCGGCGCUAUGCUGUCGCCAGGCUUCAGCAGGCUGAUGAUGAGGACUUGCUGAUGUACCUGCUACAGUUAGUCCAAGCACUGAAGUAUGAAAACUUUGAUGACAUAAAGAAUGGCCUGGAGCCUAGCAAGAGGGACAGUCAAGGCUCCAUGUCAGAAACUAUGACAACAUCUAGUUCUAAUGCUCCAGAAAUAGACAGUUCCCAGAUUAUGAGUCCUAUUCCACCUGUUUCCUCUCCACCUCUUACUUCUAAGACAAAAGAGCUUGCAGAAAAUGAAAACCUUGAUCAAGAUCUUUGCACUUUCUUGAUAUCACGGGCAUGCAAAAAUUCCACGUUGGCGAACUACUUAUACUGGUAUGUAAUAGUGGAGUGUGAAGACCAAGAUACUCAGCAGAGAGACCCAAAGACUCAUGAAAUGUACUUAAAUGUGAUGAGAAGAUUCAGUCAGGCUUUGCUGAAGGGUGAUAAGUCUGUCAGAGUUAUGCGCUCGCUUUUGGCAGCCCAGCAGACAUUUGUAGAUCGGUUGGUUCAUGUAAUGAAAGCAGUGCAGCGUGAAAGUGGGAAUCGUAAGAAAAAGAAUGAGAGGCUUCAGGCAUUGUUAGCUGAUAAUGAAAAGAUGAAUUUAGCAGAUAUGGAACUUAUUCCACUUCCUCUGGAACCUCAGGUGAAAAUUAAAGGAAUAAUCCCUGAAAAAGCCACACUCUUCAAGAGCGCCUUAAUGCCUGCCCAGUUAUUCUUCAAGACAGAAGAUGGAGGCAAAUAUCCUGUCAUUUUUAAGCAUGGCGAUGAUUUACGUCAAGAUCAACUUAUUCUUCAGAUUAUUUCACUCAUGGAUAAGCUGUUAAGAAAAGAGAAUCUGGAUUUGAAGCUGACACCGUAUAAAGUGCUAGCAACUAGUACAAAACAUGGCUUCAUGCAGUUUAUUCCAUCUGUACCAGUUGCAGAAGUUCUUGCUACUGAGGAAACUAUACAGAACUUCUUCAGAAAACAUGCCCCUAGUGAGACUGGCCCUCAUGGAAUCAGCGCAGAGGUGAUGGACACAUAUGUUAAGAGCUGUGCUGGUUAUUGUGUGAUUACUUACAUCCUUGGAGUUGGAGAUAGACAUCUGGAUAAUCUGUUGCUAACAAAAACAGGUAAACUGUUUCACAUUGACUUUGGUUAUAUUUUGGGCCGCGACCCCAAGCCCCUUCCUCCCCCGAUGAAGCUGAACAAGGAGAUGGUGGAAGGCAUGGGAGGCACCCAGAGUGAGCAGUACCAGGAAUUCCGUAAACAGUGCUACACAGCCUUUCUCCACCUACGCAGGUAUUCCAACUUGAUCUUGAAUUUAUUCUCACUCAUGGUGGAUGCAAACAUUCCAGAUAUUGCUCUUGAACCUGACAAGACUGUAAAAAAGGUGCAGGACAAGUUUCGUUUAGACCUGUCUGAUGAAGAAGCUGUCCAUUACAUGCAGAGUCUAAUUGAUGAAAGUGUCCAUGCCCUCUUUGCAGCUGUUGUAGAGCAGAUACACAAGUUUGCACAGUAUUGGAGAAAAUAAGCUUUUUGCCUGCUUAUGGUGGAAACAAGCAAAUGCUCAAAACAGAGACAUUUCUUAAGACAUUGUGGACUUGACCGAACAGUUCUGGAAGGCAAAAGCUGCAGAUUUAAUAGCGUGAAGAACUGAGAACUCAGAAGGUAGAGAAGCUUUUUGAGUCUCUGUUCAUUAAAGGUUUUAAACGAACUACUUUUUAAAGGAAGAUGAUUGUUUGUACCAUCCUUGUGAGACUCAAAGGUUGAAGUAAGCAACUUCUUCUCAAGCCAAAGAUAACUGGAAGAGGUUGGAUUUAAUGGCGAAUUCUUGUACGUGUUAAUAUAUUUUCUUAUUUAAAAAUAGGAUACAAAGCUAAAGCAGGGAGGCUACAGUGUCUUGGUGCGGAAAAACCCUUCACAAAACCACGGCAAUCCCUUCUCAUCCCUCCUCACCCACUUUGUUCCUUGAGUAAAUUUUAAAUGUAAUUCAUAUUAUCCUUUAUUUCCUGCCUUGGGCAAUGUUAUCGUUUAGAACGGACAAUCAUUUCUUGCCUGCUUACAGAAGUGUUUUUAAAUGCUGAUAAGUUACCCCAGCUGUAGGCAGCCAAUUAAAUGAUCACUAAUAGGCUCAGCAAUGGGAAUGCACAGUGAGCAGUUCAGUAUUUCACGCUCUAACUCUAAAUGUUUUCUGUACAGUGAUUAUAUAUUCUUCACUCUAAUAAAAACUUUUGUUGUUGCACUCUU